UGAGGUUUGUUGGCGCGAGAUGCAUUUACUGCUUACACAACAGUGGAAUAUUUCACAAAUUGAGGGAACUAGCUGUUUGGAUUACUCUAUAACAAGUUGGAAUAGUUUGUUGUUGCACUAUGUCUAGCAGUCAGAGCAGUAGCAGUCCUGGACGACUGAACAAGAUGCAGCAGACACUGGCACUGAUGCAGAAAAGCUUAGAGUGCUCAAUAUGUCUGGAGUUAAUGAAGAACCCAGUAUCAACCAAGUGUGAUCACCAGUUCUGCAGGUUUUGUGUUACAGAAUACUUAAGAAACAAACCCUCGGCUCCCUGCCCACUCUGCAAGAAAAACAUCACUAAAAGGAGCCUCAGUGCCAGAAAUAAACUGUCACAGAUUGUGGACGCAAUCAGAAACCUUGUGGAAGCUUUCCAAGAAGAUUCUGGGAUCCUCUUUUCCCCACCCCGUGGACCUGGUAGUGACGUGUUUAGCUGCACCCCGCAGACGAAGGGAAGUCCAAGAAUCACGUCACCAGGGGGCAGAAAACGCAGCAGUCCGCAGCAGGAAUAUUUGGCUGAAGAAAAUGUUGUGAAUGAGAAAAAUAGAAAGAACUUGCGCUAUGGUAAACGGAAGAAGGCUGAGGGGCAGGACCUUGUGUAUAUUGAAGAUGGUGUUAGUGAAGAGAGUGGUCAGCACACAGUGGUAGCAAACACUAAUGUUCAUUCAUCUUUUCCCAGAGCUAAACAAACCAAAGGAAAAAGAUGCAGAAACAUCAGUGGUACCAGCAACAACAGUAACAGCAGCAGUAACAACAGACAGCGUAGCACAGCGACCAGAAGGGGAAGGAGAAGCAGAACAAACAACAGAAAUCAGGAGAAUGUGGUGCCAUCUAUUGACCAGGUUGCACAGUACCUUGUAGAUGGACCACUGGGCGGAGUCACCAGUCAAGACAAGCCCAUUGCAAAUCCUCUUGUGAACAGGCGAUCAACCAGAUCUAGACAGUUCAGACAAGACCCAGAGGCUCUACGAAGUUAUCUUGAAAAUACCUCAUUUUCAGAAGAAUUUCUUGACAGUCCACCAGUUAUAGAAAAUCAUGUUUCAUCUUUUUUACCUCAACAAGAAAAUGAGAAGACAGAUGGAGGAGGCGUUCUAGAUUUUGUUUGUGACACUGUUGAGGGAGAGAAGGACAGCGCCUCAUCUAAAGAUGAAAAGCUGAAAACGGUUGAAGAAGAUAGUCAUACUUUACAUGCAGAGCCCAUCACUAAAAAUGUUGACAACAACGAAAGGAAAAUUUUAAGAAACAGAGAAGCAGAUGAAAUUGUAACGAUGAAGCCUCCUCACAAAGAAAUGUUUUCUGAAUCCACAGAGGAGAGACUGGUAGGGGAUGCCUGCCAUAGAGUUACGGGAGCAGGUAUCCAGGAGAGAAGGCAGUCCAUAGAGAGAGUCCAGGACUGGUUGACCAAUCAUGUGCAAGAUGAUGUGUCACAAGAAAGUGGCAAUUAUGGGAUAGGUGCCUUGGGAAAUACUGAAGGUGGCGCUGAAUCCAUGACAGCCCAGGGUCAUGUUGAAUCAGAAUGCAGUGAUGGACUUGAAUUAAUCAAGAAUCAGUUGAAUUCACUGAACCAAACUUCCAAUGAUGUUGACAACCAAAAUGAAUUUACAGGACAAGGAGCUACCUCUCCACUUUCCUUGGGAAAGAAAAUAUUCAGGACUAGAUUUAUCACAAGAGAUGAGAAAAAGGACACAUUCCAGAAAAUGUCUGCUGCUCAGGAGGUGACUUUCACACAGGAAGACCCGUACGAGUUUGUAGUUAGUCAGCACACUCCAAGGAAGCCUAAAGGAAGACGAGGGAGAGGAGGAGGUGGGGGAAGGAGAGAGUCACAGAGACAGGAAAAGGCAAAGAAGCAACAAGAAUUAAACAGGGCAAAAGUUGAGACAUUAAAGGAGGCAGAUACCACUUUAUUUGCUGUUCCAGAUGAGAAGGAACAAGAUAAGGGCACCGAAAGGAGGAGGAGACCUAGAAGCAAGAAUAGACCGGAAGCAGUUCCUGAGGAGAGCCAGUCCACCCAAUCAGACGUACAGAAAAUGAUUGAUAAAAUAAGUGAAGCAGAAUCCCAUGAACUCAUGCUUAGUCAGGCUUUUAGAGAACAGCAAGCAGAUGUGGAAGAGGCCUGUCUUGCUGGUGCUGCAGAAACAGAGACACAGAGUGAAAAUGUGGUGCCACCUUCAGUUGAUAUAUGUAACGAAAGAAGAACUAUUUUGUUCCCCUCUAAUGGCCAGGAACCUCUCUGCUCAAAAGAUAAUAAUGACAGUGAACAAGAAUUGAAAGAAAGUGUACAAGCCAGCGAGAGAAAGUCCAACAAGCUGGGCCUAAUACAAAAAGCAACGAGUAGUAACAGGAAUGGUUCAGCAGUGAAAAAAAUUGCACCAGCUGAUUGGUCAAGCACUAAAGAAAUGGCCAAAGACUUGCAGAAAAAGAAAACUCCAACAAAACUGAAGCUUGCCACUCAUGGGAAUAAGUCGUCGCUGUCUAAAAAGAGAAGUAUUUCUUUUCCGUGCGUGGAAAACUCUGGUCAAGAAAUGGAGAAGGAAGUACAAAUCAUGGAUCCCACGACUCCCUGUAUUCCAGUAACUGAUGAAGAUACCGUUUCACCUUCACUUCAGUCCUCUGUAGUUAAAGAUAUGAAUGAAGAUGACAGAGAACAGGGCUCAGACACAGAAUCUGUAGAUUUGGCACUAUCCCAAGUAGAAUUUCAAAAAUCCAACCUAGAUGUUGAUCCAGAACCUGUCAGCACUGCCAAGUCUGGUGACCUUGAGGCCAGUGGUAAAAGAGAGUCCGGAGAAACAGAACAGAGUGAGUCGCUGCUGUUGCUACGGCAACAGUCAAUAGACCCUGCAUGUAUGAAGGUUGCCUCUGUGGAGACUAUAUCUUUGUCAUCUCAGGAUGAGGCAGUCAGUCCAGGUCACUUAGGUCAAGGUCAUCUAAUCAAAGGUCAAGUUGAAGGUCAUAUAGGUGAAGUUCAAGGUCAAAAUUCCAAUACCAAAGACUUACCUUUGACGGAGGAUUGUGUGGUUUUGGUCACACAGGAAGACCAAGCACCUGCAGGUGUACAAAACCCCUCAAUGUUCAAUCAAAUGAAAGGUGAAUCUUCUCAGAACCAUGACGCACCAGCAAAGAUGGUUGACGCUGAAGAAGAUGUGGAUAAAAGCUGUUCUGAAGUAGGAGAAAAUGUUGUGGCUGAGCUUUCUGAGAAGACCAAGUCCCCAGUGAAAAUCAUUCCAGAGUCAGAUGAAAAUAUCUGUUCAGAGAAAGAAGAAGUUGGUACCACUGCAUCCUGUCCUCUUGAAAAACUGGAGUAUCCACAUCUUGAUGUCACUCUGCACAUUAAAAAAUCCAACAGAAAAACAUUUUCUUUGGAUCCUGUCUCCCCUUCCAAACCAGGAAGUGAACCAACCAAACCAGGAAGUGAGAAAGUUAAAAGGACAUCAGCAAGUAAAUUUGUGUUGCCAUCCCUUGAUGACAGUUUAUUUGAGAACACCCCCCUGCUCAGUCCACUGGGAGAAAACUUGGAGAUGCCCACUGUGGGCGAGUCUCAAUACAACAUACACGGUUCUAGUCCAAGUGAGAAACUGGGGGCAACUUGUGACAAGGACCUCAAAGGUUGCCAAGACUCUCAGGUUUCAAGUUCCAACAUGGGGAAAGGUGUAGUGACCUUAAGUAUGGAGCAGGGUCCAGUCAUUGACAGUACACCCUGUGGGUCACAGGGAAUGGGCUCCAGCCAGGAAAAAAUUGGGAUAAAAGUCAGUGAAGAGAAUAAUGUACUAAAUGCCAGUUUUGGGUCACCGUGUGUGAUCUCAGAUGAUAUUGUUCCUGCAACUGAGGGUGCCUCUCGGGAUGACUCGCCUGCUUUUAUAGUGCCUGCUAAACGGAGCAAACAGUAUGAAAAAGCUGGCUCCACUGAGGGCUCCCCUGCUAUAUCUGUGCAGUUUAAUCACAGAGCAGGUCAUGUGGAUGUGUCUGAAAAUAGUUCUGUCGAAGAUGACAGAUAUAAAAGAUCCAAAUCCAAAAAGAGGAAAUCUGAAACAGGUGAAGAUAAGAAUAAUGAGCAGACUUAUAAGAGGUCAAGGUCAAGUCUAGGUCAGGGGUCAAAGGUCACUCAGCAGUUGCAGGUUUUACCUCAGAAUUCCAGGCAUGAAAACAACUCGAGUAGUACUUCACCACAAGUUAUACCAGAUAGUUUUAAAGCCAAAAGUGAAAUAACGAUAAACUCAGAAGAGCCAAAUGCAAGCAACAAUGCCAGAGUUCCAAAUAUUGAAGUUGAAUUGACAGAUGAAAAUGGGGACAUAUCAGAUGACCUAGAACAAGGAGAAGAAGAAGAGGGGAGGCUGGAAGAUUUAGUUUCAAAGGAAUAUGACAGCAUCAGCACAACUAAUUUUGUAGAUUCAUCUUGUGAAGUACUGAAACCAGUAAACCAAAAAUCGCCUUCCUCUAAAACACGACUGGAUGAAGAAUUGGACAAUGACUCCACUUGUGGAUCUCUUGUAGAUGAUGUAGAGGAUGAAGACCUUGAUAAUGGGGUCAAGGUCAGUGAUCUUUAUGAAGGGGUUAUUGACCUUGAGGAUAAUGACCUUGAACCUGUAGAAGAUGAGGAUGAGGUCAUUGAUGUCGAUACAAAUAGUUCUUCAGAUAGUAAACAUUCUGGUGGAUGUUUAGAGAGGAAACCGAAAGUGGUGAACAUCAGAGGGAGACGGAUCUUAGAGAGCGACAGCUCCUCAGAAGAUGGCGAAGCUGAGGAGGAGGCAAACAUUGAAGUAUCAGCAAAACAACUAGAAACCCAGCCCAAUGAAAGCAGGUAUAAGCAAGACAUUGGAGAGCUUGCCUCACAGGAAGAUGAAGAAGUGCUUUCAAAAUCAGACAAACUAAAAGUGGGAUCAGGAAAUCUUGCCAGUCAAGGGGAAACUAAGAGCAUGAAAACCACGUCCCUAAGUUCUAGGCUCAGCUCAAGAAAUCACAGAAAGAAAUUGUCAGACCUUGCUGUUUGUAGCGAUGAUGAAGAUGAAGCUGACCACCAAAGAACUAGUAGUAUAGAAUUCAGCCAUGUUCCAGAAGGUUCCCACACCUGGCCACAAUCACAAAGUCUAAGCAUUUUACAGCCUUUGGGGCAUAUUCCAACAAAUAAGGAACUCGGAUUACAAAAUGAAAACACCAUGGAUGAUACAACUGAUGAUGACGAACUUCCUGAUAUCCAUCCCCCAUCCAAGAAAUCCCCCCGUGCUUCCACUUCCAAGUCUUACAGUAAUACACCAACAAGGAAGCAAAGUGGAAAAAUACCGAUGAUGGAAAAUGGCAAUGAUUUUCAGAGUCCUGGUUCCAGAGUGUCUUGUAAUGCCCCAUCUGUUGGGAGAAAUGAUUUUGUCAGUCCUGUGACGAGAUUGGGUAUUCCCACUAUUGGCAAAAGACUGAAGUCGCCUCUGCUGUUGAUGACCAGUGGUACCAGGAACCAGAGUCCUCGCCCUGGGGUGUCUUGCAAUACACCAUCUGGUGAGAAAAGUGAGUUUCUCAGCCCAUUGGCCAAAGAAAAAGUUUCUCAGUUAGAAAAACCUGAACCUUCACCGUACCCAAGCACUGAUUCCUUGAAUAAAGGCAGAGGUCACAAACUUUCAAAUCAACAGAACCUGUCUGAUGAUGAAGAACACAUUGAAGAACAUGAUCCGAAGUAUUAUCUAAGGGAUACUUCUGAGAGUGAAGCACCUGUAGAAAGGAAUUACUCAGAAGAUUUAUUUACUGCAGAGAAGGCAGUUGAGGAAACUGAAGAGGACAAUCGGUAUCCUGAUAGUUCAGUAUCUACCGAGAAAGACAUGCAAGGUGAAGGUCAAUCGGCUAAUCGUUACCCCACGAGUUCCUUCUCUAGUGAAAGUGAGGCCCUGCUUACGACCCAGCAACAAAGACAGACAGAGGCAGAGUUGGAGAGACUGCAGAGAGAAAUGGAACGCCUGAAGGCAGCUUUGAACCAAGGUGUUAGAACUGAUGCUGUGCAGUCUCAGACAGACAAGAAAAAGGACACGGCAGAGGAUGAUAUAAGAUCUUCAGAUGAAGAACCAGACAACAUGUCAGUAAAUGACAGUGGGGAUGAUCUGUUUGUCAGUCCACGUCCUCCCUCUCCACCUCCUGUGAAGGUUGCCAAGGAAACGUCUUCAACAUCCCAUGUGGAGCGCACUCCGGAGAUUCAGAAGUUGACUGAGUUCAUUGAUCAUUACAAGUCCAAAGAUGGCACCACUGUGUCUAAGACAACACAGCAAGCAAACGCAAACAAUUCUUCAGAAACAAGAAAAAGUAAAUCACCCUGUGUUAUAAAGGACACCCCAGAUAGGCCUACGCCAGGGUCAGUCAGGAACAGUCCAGGGUCUGGUAAAAAAGCCCUGGGGUCAGGAGACAGCAAAAUGUCCAGAGAAUCCUCUCCUUUUAGGAAAGACAGCACCUGUCUAAGACAGAACAAUCCACAGACUUUGAAAACAAACAGAGUGCAAUGUAGUGGAAACCAAGAAAGGACCAGGAACCAUGGUGGACAAGAAAAACCAGAGACCAGUGGUCAGUUGUGUUCAGGAUGGACGAAGGAAGUGGUCAGCGGCAGGACGGGAAAGGUGAUGUCCAUUGUGGCAACGGGACUGGGAAAACAUGAAAUAUCUACAAUAAAGAAUUUUGGUGACAGAUUUGGUGGGAAAUUUUGGGCAAAGUUCAACUCCGGUACUACACAUGUUAUAGUAAAACCUGAUGUAAAGCAUCCUUUGGCCUGUGAAAGGACACUGAAAUAUUUCAUGGGGAUAGCUGGCAGACGAUGGGUGGUUAGCUACAAGUGGAUAGAGGACUGUCUGAACCAAGACAAGCUCAUCCCAGAGACUCAGUAUGAGAUCAGAGGAGACAUGGUCAAUGGCAUCAACCACCGUGGACCUCAGCGCGCCAGGCAGACGUCAGACGACCAGCUGUUACUUAGGGGCUAUGAAAUCUGCUGCGCGGGGGGUUAUACUGGACUCUCCAUUGACGACCUGAAGAACCUGGUGGAGCUGUGUGGUGGCGCCACUGUACAGGACCCCUCCAUGUUCAGCUUCCAGCCUGGCAGUAAGAGGGUGGUCCUCAUCCAGCCCUCAGAGCACGGCGUGGACCGGGACAAGUGUGAUAAAAUCUACAAGAAGUAUGGCGCGGCAACCCUGAACAGAGAGUGGUUACUGGACAGCGUGGCUUUAUACAGGGUGCAGCACUGGGGGGAGUAUUUGUUAUGUAGCAGAAAACUGGUGAAAGAUGAUGAUACAGAAGUCAUAGACAUUAACUGAGAUCAUGGAUGUCAGGAGACUAGGUCAAAUCGUGCACACACACACGCAUGCAUGCACGCACACACACACACACACACAUGGAAAUGCAUAUAACACCCACAGGUACAUACACUUGCAGGUGAACACACAGACACACGCAAACACAAAUACAGCGCACUGCCAUUCACACACACACACACACACACACACACACACACACUCACACACACACGAAAGCACAGUCAUACUGGGUAGAUGUCAAUACAAGAUUCAGUUAAAGAUGAUAAAUACUGAGACUGAAUACAGUUCCGAAAGUUUGUGUUAACCCUGGCUAUACACGUUCACCUUCAUCAUCAUUUAUAGGAAAAGGAUUCUUCGCCUUUGUGUGAAUGUAUAUGGCAGCUAUUCACACAUGCAAGAAUGUGUUACAAUACAUAACAUUUACUGAUAUAGUCUGAGAACUUUUCAAUCCUUUUUUGUUGAACUGAGAGGUAAAACUGACAUUUCAACUGUCAUUCCUAAUGUGUGAUGGAGAAAGGGCAAUUUGAAUUAAAGCAUUUCCAGCAUUGUGGCAUUUUGAUAUAAAAGAAAAUAAUGAUGUCAAAAAUGCUAGAAAAGCAUGGUUAUUAAAGGUAGAAAUUGAAGAUAAGUGCUAUGUGACAGGUAGCAUGAGGUUGGUGUAACUGUUAUAUAUUGAUAUUGAUUGUAUCCUGAAUAUAAAACUGCAUCUGCAUGAUCUCUCAAGCUAAGUUGUUUAUAAUUGAGGUCACUGCUUGCAUAUGUUAUCACAAUAAAAUGCAUAUAUGAACAUUUGAUUAUGCUGUCAUAAAAACUAAUUGAACAAGUAUUUGUAAUUUUGUUAAAAUUAUUCAGUGAAGCUUGAAGCUGC